AGUUUUGGUCUCUAUGGCGAAUACGGAUCUAGCGGCCUAUCGAGAGGAGCAGCGGCGUCGUUGGUUACAAAGACAGUCGGCUGUUGAUAACAGCAACGCGGUGUCAGGCUUUAGAGGUAGUAUUGCCGACGACCAAUGGUGGAGCUGCAGAGUCGGCUUCAUCAUCAUCCACUGCAGCAGCAGCAGCAGCCGAGGCGGCAGCGCCACUAGUUACAGUCACAGCAGUGCAGGACGCUAGCGGCUCCGGUGCAACGAGUCAUCAUCGGAUGGCAUCGACCUCUCCGCCGCCACCAGCGAGUAGGUCGCCACCUCCUGCAGUGGAGGACCAGCCAUUGGAUAAGUGCCAUAUACUCCCUUUGGGAGCUGAGACUAAUCGCCAAGACGCGCUCGAUCAACUGAAUAGCGUGUUGAAGUCAUUGCGGUCGGAACGGAAAGUGAUCCAUGAGGGUGACGUGUUUGAAGGGAAGAACGAACAAGAAUACAUCAUCGUUUCGGUGUUGCCCAAUGAAGGCGGCAUUAUAGUCGAACCCACGGAGUUUUUCAUAGAAGGGCCUCCUGUUGAGAAGUUCACUAAGGUGCAGCUGGUGUGUACUGACCAGAACGGUGAGGAUAAUAGUGAGGAAACCCUAUUCGGCAAUUAUGUGGCGCCAUAUUUCCAGUCUCAAUUCAAUAACCAUCCUCAUAAGGUUACGGAGAUCUUGGAUGUGAAUCAGAUUUUAGACAUUUUUGGACUGAAAUUUGUUGUGGCAGCGACUGAGCCCUCAUGCACUCAUGGAGUAGUAACGCCUGAUACGACGAUGUAUGUGAAUGUCGAUAACAGUCAGGAGUUUACUAGAAUCCAUGUAGUGCCGUUCCAGGAUACCCUAUCCAGAGUAUAUCAGUAUGACCUUUGGAACGACUACCUGAAGCCCUACUUCAAAGCGCACCCCUUGCGGUCAUAUGCAGUUAAUGAUGUAUUCGACUAUCAUGGAGUCCAAUUCAAAGUGGUAGCUGCCGAGCCGUACUCUUCGGCGAGUGGCUUUGAGAGGAGGAGAGUUGGACGAUCGACGACCAUCUUCUGCGAGGGCAGCGUACCUCCUACACUGCGAAACCUGCUGUCUCCGGAGAUGGCUCAGCAGCUGCAGCAUCUCCCGCCUGGGUUGCAGAUGCUCUUACUGAACACUGACAUGAUGGCUAGUGGAGAUGUGUAUGAGAGGCUUAUGGACCUCCAAGAGACUCUAUCAAAUCGCACAGGACUGGACCAGACCACAAUCGACCGGAUACCAUUGCAACCGUCAACAGCAUCGAGGGAGCACCAUCAGGAGCAGUGCAUGAUAUGUCUCAAUGACUUUGCACCGUCGGACCCCCCACUUCGUGUGUUGCCGUGUAGCCAUGUCUUCCACGCCAACUGCAUAGACGAGUGGCUCAGGCGCAAUACUGAUUGCCCCAUAUGCAAAGACAAUGUGCAGCGGUCAAUGAGAAACGGAGCUCCUCGGAUAUCUCCUUCCCAAUAGAGCAGUUGAAGAUCCCUGUA